CCCUCACCUCCCGCCGCUCGGCGCCGGUGUAGUCCAAGAUGGAGGGCGCCCUGUCGGCGCCGCUGCCCGUCCGGCUGCUGCUGUUCGUGGCGCUGCCCGCCGCGGGGUGGCUGACCACCAGCGCGCCCAGGCCACCGUCCACAGCCCCGAAGGAUGGCAUCAGAAUUAAUGUGACUACCUUGAAAGACAGUGGGGAAGUAUCAAAAGAACAGGUUGUUCUUAACAUAACCUAUGAGAGUGGACAGGUCUAUGUAAAUGACUUCCCUGUAAAUAGUGGUGUUACCCGGAUGAGCUGUCAGACUUUGAUAGUGAAGAGUGAAAGUCUGGAAAAUUUGGAGGAGAAAGACUAUUUUGGAAUUGUCACUGUAAGGAUCUUAGUUCAUGAGUGGCCUAUGACAUCUGGUUCCAGUUCACAACUAGUUGUCAUUCAAGAAGAGGUAAUAGACAUCGACGGCAGACAAGCUCAACAAAAGGAUGUAACUGAAAUUGACAUUUUAGUUAAGAACCAGAGAAUACUCAGACAUUCAAGCUAUUACCUCCCCUUGGAAGAAAGCAUGCUUUAUUCUGUCUCCCGAGACAGUGACACUUUAAUGACCCUUCCCAACUUUCCCAAAAAAGUGGGAGGUAUGAGUUCACUGCAGACCACCAGCCAUUACCUCAUUGGGAAUGUGGAAACCACCGUAGAGGGAAAUGCUUUACCUGGCAAACUGCCUGAGACUCCUCUCAGAGCAGAGCCUCCAUCUUCAUACAAGGUAAUGUGCCAGUGGGUGGAAAAGCUGAGGACAGCACUCUGCCGGUUCUGGGCCAGCGUGCUUCCUGUGUUCUUCAUGGUCCUCAACGUCAUGGUGGUGGGAGUUCUGGGCGCAGCAGGAGUCAUAGCUGUGCUAAAGCUGCUUUUCCCGGUGCACGAGAACAAAGGAAUUCUUCAGGUGGAGAAAAUGGAUGUUAUGCCUGUGGCACCUAUCAUCUUAUAUCCAGAUGGCUCUGAGAAAACAGCAGAAAAACUGAAUGAUAAAACAUAUAUUUAAAGCACCACCUCCAAUCAUGGACUCUAAAUUAGUCUAGACCUGCCAUUUGAAUACCAUUUUAUUUAAAUUAUUAAUCAGUUUAUACAUAGGAAUUGCCAAAUUCCCAAGACAGCCUACAAAUCGACCUUUACAGUGCCAAGUUGAAGCUCACCUUGUUCCUCCCACACAUGGGCCAGCUGCUCAGAAGACAUGAUUGUAAAAUAACCAAGAUGAAACAAACAAAAGGUGAGACAGAAUGCCAAGUGCCAAUAACUUCCAGGUGCCUUUGCUGCAGAAAUUCUAUUUGAUUACUAUUGUAAAACUUUAUAAGAAGCACUUUAUGAAACUCUAAUAACACUUUUUAAACUCAGUACAGUGCCUUUAUAUCACAUACAACUCAGUAUAAAAAUCACUGAAGUGUACCAUGAUUUGUGUCUGUACCAAAAUUACUUUAUUUUGAAUGCACCAGGAUUUAUAAGUGAUGUGGUCUCACUCUAAAAUAAACCUUUUCUUUUUU